UCAAAAACACAAAUGUGGCGGGAUGAGUGUAAUUAUCAUAUCAUCACCAGUGGUUAAAUAAGCAUUAUGGAUAUGCCCUCUUUCCCAUUUCUCUGUUUCUUUGCCUUUUAUUUGUUCAAUCUUGAGGGAAAACAAAAGAAAAUUCUGAAUACUUUGAAAACAACAUAAAAUAAAAUUAUGCAGCUCUUGGUAAUUAUACAUAGUUUUUUGUCCAUUGCUCUGCAUUUUGGGGAUAAAACUAGCAUAGGAUCAUGUGAGGUUUGGGUACUUGGGAGUUAUUUCUUCUAAAACAUUAUACACUAGCUUGCAGUUCUUUCUUCUGUGCAAGCACAUGAUCUGCAGUGCUCAGCCUGCAAUCCUCACAAUUCCAAGAUUUCAGGCUUCCUCUACUAAUGAUAAUAUCCUCGCUUGCUUAUUUGUUUUUCCCCGAAGGUCGGAUGGUACAAUGCAGCCCUUCCGCCAGCUUUUCAUUUGCCAUACACAGAGAACACCCUGGCAUUUGUGGUGCUCAGCACUCCUGCCAUGUUUGACAAAGCCUUCAAACCUUUCUUGAAGAAUCAGUUGCUGAAAAAAAUUCAUGACCCAGUGGAUCAGUGUAUUUCUCAUCACCUCUCACUGGUUAGAGACAGCCUGGCUGACUAUCAGGUGAAUAUCAUGUAUGACUAUGAAAUGCUGCCCAAUCGGAAGCCUAAAUUCUUAGCCCAAACAGCAGCACACGUGUCUGGUGCUGCAUACUACUACCAGAGGAAAGAUGUUCAGCUGGAUCCUUGGGGAGAGAAGAAGAUCUAUGGUGUGUGUGUCCACCCCCGCUAUGGAGGCUGGUUUGCUAUCAGAGCUCUUCUGCUUUUCCCAGACGUGAAGGUGCCCCUUUUGCUUGAGAAUGCCCCUAUUGAUUGUGUGACAACGGAGGAAGAAAGAAUAGAACUGUUGGAGAAGUUCAAUUUCCACUGGCGUGACUGGAGCUACCGGGACAUUAUAAAAGUGAAGGAAAAGUACUCGGAAGAACAGAAAACCUAUUUUGCAACUCCUCCUGCUGAACGAUUGAAACUACUGAAUAUGAACAGGGGUUUGCAGAGAAAUGGAGUAGCUGUUUUCACUGCGGAAGAGGGACAGAGAGCUUAAACUGCUAUGUCUGUUGCUAUGUAGAUGGAAUAUACUUGUUUAUUUGGUGAUUUAAACUGAAAUCUGGAAUAUACUUAGAAGAAAGUAAGCCUCUCUUGGAGACAUUUUCAAAGAAGCACACAGGAUUGCGCUGUUCCAUUCAUAACACUGGAAGCCUAAGUACCCAGGAACACAAAUACUGUUAUGGUUGUUUUUAAUCGUUGUUGUUGUUAGGUCAAAAUGUCAUUUCUAAAAAAAUGAUUUAGAGACUUCAUUCCAUAAGUUAUGUUUUCAUUGAUGAGUAGUUAGAUACGGUUUUUUUUGUCUGUGACUACUUGGUACUAUCUCUAAAAUGAUUUUUCUUUUA